UAUAUAUAUAAUCAUGGAUUGCUCAGAUAAGUGAAAAGCAAUUUUUUCUUUUUGGAAAAAUAUAUAUAUUCUUGGAAAUGAACCUAGAACAGCUGCUCUGAAAAAUAUCAAGUGGCAGGCCUGGGGGGGUGGCACAGGUCCCUGCGGGUGGGGUCCGGGGAAUCGAACCCUGGUCCUGGAGCACGGCGCCGUGUGCGCUCAGCCGGUCGGUGGCCGGCACACUGCCCGGUGAGCGCCGCGGGUCGGGACGCAGCAAAGCGGAGGCGCCAGCCGCCCCGCACCGGGACAAGCCUCGUCUCCGCGGGGCCGAGGUGGCUGCAGGCGGCGGGCCGGGCGCUCCUCCCCGUGGGGCGGGACCGAGCCGCGCUCCCGCCUCCGCCGGCCGCGUCGUCACCGCGGAGCUGGACGGCCAUGCCGGGCUGCCUGUGGCGGGACCUGUGGGGACGGUGGCGACGUUACAAGUACCGCUUUGUGCCCUGGAUCGCGCUGAACCUCAGCCACAACCCGCGGACCCUCCGAUAUGUUCCAGAGGAAUCUAAAGACAAAGUGAUUUCAGAUGAAGAUGUCCUAGGAACACUACUGAAAGUUUUCCAGGCGCUGUUCAUCAAUGACUUCAAUAAACAAUCAGAUAUCUUGACUGUGCUUCCAGAAUCCAUAAAAUCAAAAUAUCAAGACCUGCUGUCAAUUCAGCAUCCGGGGCUGAAAAUGCUCGAAUACGGACAUCAGCAGCAAACUAUCUUUAAUCCAGAAGAAAUUCUUUAUCAGACCUUGGGUUUCAGUAUUGCACGAGCAGCUAGCUCAUUAGUUUCUGCUGGGAAAGGUGUCUUCAUCACGAAAGGAUUAGCACCGAAAGGAGCAGUAGUAUCUAUGUAUCCCGGUACAGUCUAUAUGAAGUAUGAGCCAGUCUUUUUCCAGUCCAUUGGAAAUCCAUUUAUUUUUAGAUGUCUAGAUGGUGUUCUUAUUGAUGGAAAUGACAAGGGAAUAUCAAGAAUUGUGUACAGAUCUUGCAAUGGGAGGGAUCAACUUGGCCCUUUAAAAAUGAGUGAUAGUACGUGGUUAACAUCAGAAAUGAAUAACCCACUGGCUAUAGGACAGUAUGUCAACAAUUGUUCAAAUGACAGAUCAGCUAAUGUUUGUUACCAGGAGUUUGACGUCCCUGAAAUUUUCCCUAUUGAACUGAAGCAAUAUCUUCCAAACAUCACCUACAGUUAUGAAAAACAAAGCCUGCUUCGAUGUGUCGUUCUUGUCGCACUCAGGGACAUCAAGCAAGGAGAAGAGCUUUUCUCAAACUACUACACCAUUGUUAGCUAGCUCUGUGAAUUAGAAACUGGGUUUUGUACUCAGCUCCUGAGUUACUCAUAACAGCGAUCUCUAAAUCCAAACUACAAAACAGUCUGAAACCUAGUUAGAGUGAGGAUUUUCUCAUUGAUAGCAUAUCAAUUCCAUGGUAAAAAGUAUUUGCUUUGUUACAAUGUCAACUUCAUGAUGCAAUUCUAACUUUAGCUGGUUUUCAUCUAAACACCUUUAGCUUAUUAUCAACUAUUGUAAUUAUCAUUUCAAUUAUUUAUGUUGGUUUAUGGUAUUUUAGACAUGUCAUAAUCAGUUCUUUUAGUACUGGUGAUAUAUUCAGAUCUCUGUAAAAACUUUCAUUUUUUACAGAAUAAACUAAUGCCAAAAAUA